AGUGGGGAUGUGCGGGCGGUAGUGGCGGUGAAGUGGCAAAAGAGGUCGAAGGAAGAUGGCGACGUUGGUUUCGGAGCUGCUGCUUUUGAGCGACUCGGGCCGCUUCCGCGCAGAUAAUCUCCUUAGCAGCGAAGACUGGGACCCAGGUCUCUACAGCUGCUUGGAUGACGAUGGGGAUGUGGCAACUGAGCUCUUCCCCUGCCUAGAACGUAACAUUCUGGGUGGCAGCAGCAACCAUUCUAUGUUCAGUGAUGGGUUUGACCUGGACAUGGAAACGACACCCCCAGACCCGCCGUGGGACCCACUGCAAGAUUCCCUUUUCCCAGAGCUGCACGUGAAGUCUGAGCCGGUCUCCCCUGCCUCGUCUCACUGCUCUGAUUCAUCCGCUGUCUCCUCUUCCUCUUCCUCAUCCACUGAUCUCCCAGGGCAGGCCCCCAGCCCAGCUGACGUGAUUGGGGUGAAGGCGGAGCACCCUCCAACCCCUCCAUGCAUGUUUGGAGAUGUUCUUUCACCCCCCUUUGGCACGGUGCACAUCAACGUCGUCCCGGCUCCUGAGACAGGGAAACCGGGCGCUCCCAACAAAGCAGAGAGCAUUCUCAGUCGGAAGCCUGCCAUUCAGCCCAAGCCAGUCGUGGUAACCACUGUCCCAGUGCCGCCAACAACCACUUCCAGUAAGGCCAUCUUAUUGCAGCCCGUCCCUGUAACCCAGUCACAGACUAUCAACUCUGGAAUUGCAGUUCCAGCACAGGGUGUUGUGAUUUCCCAGUCCGAACUGCUGCAUCUCCCAGUGUCUGGGCUGAUCAAGGUUCAGUCGCCCGUGAAGGAAGGCCUCCCAGCAAAACCAGCUUCCAAACCAGAAGCCAAAACCAUUGUCCCUGCCCCAACACAAAUAGGACCCUGCAACCAAGAGAUUGAUAUCAAGGUGCUGAAACGGCAGCAGCGGAUGAUUAAGAAUCGCGAGUCGGCCUGCCAAUCUAGGCGGAAAAAAAAGGAAUACCUGCAAGGGUUGGAGUCCCGGCUGCGGGAGGCCCUGACAGAGAACGAGCGGCUGCGGCGAGAGAAUGCCCUUCUCCGGCGGCGGCUAGACUGUGUCCUGAAUGAGAACAGCGAGCUGAAAUUUGGCUCUGGGAACCGGAAAGUCAUCUGCGUCAUGGUCGUGCUGCUAUUCAUAGCCUUUAAUUUUGGGCCUGUCAGCAUCAGUGAGCGUAAAGUGGCAGAUGUGGAGCCACAGAGGCAGGAAGUGGAGUCUGGUCCAGGCCGGAGGCAUCUUCUAGGCAUUGCAGAGGAAUCUCAUGAAAUUCCAGAGGAGGAGCAGGAGGAGCGGCGGCAAGAGGAAGCCCCACCCAGGCCUGGGAAAACACAAUUCCAGAACCUGUCGGCUCCUUUCUCUGACAUGAAGGACCUCAUGCUGAGGGAUCUGGACAAGCUGUUCCUCGCUUCAGAUUGCCGUCAGUUCAAUCGCACUGAAUCACUUAGGUUGGCCGAUGAGCUCAGUGGCUGGGUCCGACGACACCAGAUCAACCGGAGGAAGCCCUCUCAGUCUCGCAAAGCUACACGGCCCAGCCAGCGCAAACUACAGAAGAAGCCUCCAAGCCCCUCCCACUAUGUCCCUGCCAGCCCCGCCAGACACCCUGAGAGGGCUGCUCUGAGCCAGCUGCAGGUAUAUCAGCAUCCUGACCACACAGAGCAUGACUUCAUGGAUGCCAUUGACCGUCGAGAAGAUACCUUCUAUGUGGUGUCCUUCCGCAGGGAUCAUUUACUGCUGCCUGCCAUCAGCCACAACAAAACCUCUCGCCCUAAAAUGUCACUGGUGAUGCCUGCCAUGGCCCUCAAUGAAAGCCUGUACAAUUCCUCCCUGGGCUACGAGGUGAUGAUGCAGAUCGACUGUGAGGUGAUGGACACCCGCGUCAUUCACAUCAAGAGCUCGACCGUGCCCCCCUUCCUGAGGCGCCAGGAUGCCACCCCUGACAACCGCACCCAGCCUUCCCCUCCGGCCUUUUCGGGCCGAGCCACCCGAGCAGCUUUGCGGCCCCAUCGGCCCACCUUGUCCUCCUCGGCCCGACGGCAGCCGCACCGCACCCUCUAUCUUGGGGAGCACGGAGGGGGCUAGCCUGGCCCUCUGGGAAGGUUGAGAUUGCUCUGACUACAUUGGGAGAGUGCCCAGUCCUGGAAGCAGGGCUCCUCCCACCAGGGAGGUGGACACACCCAUGCCGUGGGACCUUGCCUGUGUGAGAGAUGGACAGACCACUUCUGCUAGCACCCAGCCUGUGAGAGGGGGCUGGACCGCUCUCCUGGCAAGACAUUUUCUCUCCCCCCACAUCACCCCUUUCUUGGGAAGUUGCUUUCCUAAUCUCACAGCUGCCUUCAGGAUGGGUCGGUGGGGAUUCCCUCCUGCAUUUAGGGGCUGUGUGGCUGCCUUCUUCCCCCAUUGCCACAUCGAUGUGCCCGAACUGGUUCAGCACCUCCUUAGGGAAGCGCCAAACUGGCUUGGGCGCCUGCAACUGAACCAGUUCGGCGGGGCAGGGAUCGGUUACUUUGAAAACCAGGUAAGCGGGUCCUUUCUUGCUCGGCCGCCACCCCACCGCUUUUCUGGGUGCGGCGCUUGCUUUUCAGAAGUUUGCGUGUGGCUGCAACGCCGCUCCCAGCAGUCCGCGCGUGGCAUCAGUGCGCGCGUGGCCGCCGUGCAUGCGCUUCCCCAUGUAUGUGCUGACGGCGUGCGCAGGCUGCACUGCAGCCACUCAUGGCCUUUUGAAAAGCAAGCACUGCACCCGGAAAAGUGGUGGGGCAGUGAAAGAGCAGGUAAGGAUCUGCUUACCUGGUUUUUAGAGUAACCAAUCCCUGCCUGUGGCUUCCGGUUUGGACACAUCCCUGCUCAGCACUGUCCUAAAGAGAGUGUCUUUCUGCCUGUCUUUGCUGCCCCCUGGUGGCUGAAACAAAAAGCUGUGCUUUUGAAUGAUCGAUGGAGAGUGAGGAGAGGUGUCUUAAACGGCUGUCUGCAGUCUACUGAUCUGGUGUGCAUGUGCGUGUGUAUACGCACGUGUAGGAGAGGAUUCACUUCUUUUACAAAGGAGUGUGUGCGCGUGCAUCCUCCUACCAACUGCUCCAAUCGCACUUAGACCCACCUCUCGGGGGUCCUUCUUGUUCUCCCCCUCUCCUUAUUGUGUUUUUUAAAAUAUAGUGAGAAAUAAAGCUGAUGGUGACCCUGA